AUGCGCAAUCAAGGUUCCGAGUCGGGACCCUCGGCGGUACUUCCUCGUCGUUCAACUCAGGCCCGUUCGAUGUCCGUUUCCGCAAUGCUUGGAAUGCGCUACAGUACCAAAUCGACCGUACCUCAUUCCUCCCCUCGCAACGAGUCGCUCGCUUGACCCACGGUCGAUGGGUCCCGCCUCGGGCACAGCCGCCGUACGAGCAGAAAGAGUGCGAAGAUGAAUGGGGGAUCACAGCGCAUUCGGACGAAAUCAACGGCGGCGAUCGAAGGGCGUUGACCGUCGCCGCCUUUCGGUGGCAGCCAUUACAAGAGGGUGGAAUGAGGGAGUGGAGUGGGUAUGAUUUCGUAAAGCGUCUCUUAAAUUCUCAGACCGGGUUGCUCGUAGUGGGAGGUAUGUGGUUUGUUACCCAGGAAUUUCCGCCGGGCGAAAAAGCUCUUCACCUCAUGACGUUGACACAUGCCCUCAAAUGCUCCUGCUUUUUAUCAUCCAGAUUCUCUCGCUCAACAAUACGUGGACAAGCUGUGGUACAUGCUCCCCAAAGGCGGUCCUGGGCUGCACACGCUCAAAGAGAUUUUCGAAUGGAGCAUCGAGAACAAUGACGCCGAGGAAAGCCAGAAAGAGGAUCAGCCCCUUAAGACCCAGCAGCGCAAGAUCAAGCCAAAGCGACUCGACGUCACUCUGGUCAAGGACUCGCCAUGGCAUUGCGUCGUGAGCUUCCCCACAUCCCCUCGGAGCGGUUUAGCCAGCCCUUCCUUCGUUUCAUCCGGGACGAUACCCUGGUCGGCGUUGACCGGAUCGCGGAAUUCGCGGCGCAGCUCGACCUCCCGCCGAUGGAGUUCGCGGCCUCACUUACCUCCGAGCGAGCCGUGGUGCGAAGAACUCCCUUCGACCCAAGCAACGGCCCGAAAAUGGAAGAAGGAACAAAACUCAAUCAUCAUGCUCAAUACGGGUGCUCACAUAAACCAAGGCGAGAUGAACAUCACAAGUGAUGGUCUGGAUGCCAUCACGGCGCUUCUCGCACGUGACUUGCUCUCAGACCUCGUUUAA